AUGCUGGGUCAUCCCUUGUCCCAGUCGUCUUUGCAGAAAUCCACCAUGCAUGCCACAGGUGAAUCUAGGGAGCCCGAGGAGAGGAAAGAGGGGUACUCCACUCACCUACUACUCUCUGGCAGCCUCAGACCCCCUCAUGGGCGGAUUUUAGCCCCAACCCUUUCAGAUCCCUGCAAAGCAGGAUAUAUUCCAGGAGGCAAGUUGGAGAAGUUAGUCGACCAUUUGGUGCCUUCCUUGCUCUUUGGCGAUGCCUCCUUUAUCCCCGUAUUUCUGGGGACCUACCGGACUUUUUCAACCCCCCACCAAGUAUUGAGCCUACUGUUCAAUCGAUACGGCUCUUUUGCUGAUCGUCACGAUGAGGAGGCAGGAGCGCAGGAGCAGCUUCAACAAGCCUUCUCAUUCAUCCUGGGUUCCUGGAUGAAGGAAUACCCAGAAGAUUUUCUUCAAGCACAGGAUGCGACUUGCUUAAAUCAGCUAGUCCAGUACCUACACCACAAUAUGCCCGGGUCCCUGGAGGAGCGUCAGGCCCGCCGUCUGCUCACCCAGCUGGAGCACAUGCAUGCCAAGCAGCCUGAGCUGGAGGCUGUGCCUACAGUCCCAAUGCUUGCAGACAAUGCAAGUGCACAAGAAUGGGCACCUGAAGCACUGGCUCCAACACCCAGCAUGGAAGCAAUCCUCCCAUCUCAGUCAUAUCUAGAACUGAGUACAGCCUCAGAACCCCCCUCAGCUCCAGGACAUGCUGUGGAGCUCCAGCAUGAGCCACUGGGAGAUGGAUAUUCUGGCUCCCCUGCACCAUCUUUGAUGGAGCCAUCUGCAGAGCCAGAGCCCGCUCCACCUCCAGCUCGAGAGGCAGACAUGCCUGCUGAAGUAGAGCCAGCUCCCAGGGACUUCCUGGACCUGGAGGAUUUUCAGGUUUCUUCCAGGGAGCCGUCGCAGAUUUCCAUGAAGGAUUUUGAAAAUGACCUGACCGGAGCACACGUGCUGGAGUGGCUGCCUGAGCUGAAGGCAGAGCAGUUCUCCCUCAUGGCAGUGGAGCUCUUCAAGAAGCUCAAGCCUUACCACUGCCUGCACUACGUACGAGCAGACCCCAACGAUGAGAGACAGGAGCGCCUGGCACCCACUGUGCUUGCCAUACUGACGCACUGCGACCAAGUGGCCAGCUGUGUCAUCACCACCUGUCUGGGGAACCACAGUGUGCAGGCUGCAGAGAGGGCUGAGGUGGUGGAACACUGGAUAGAGGUGGCCUUGCAGUGCCAUCUGCUGAAGAAUGUCUGCUCCCUCUUCGCAGUACUCUCUGCUCUGCAGAGCAGCCCUCUCCAAGGCCUGAAGAGGACGUGGAGAGCUGUGUCCAGGGACAGUCUCGCGGUCUUCAAGGAGCUGAAGAGGAUGUUCUCCAAGGAGACAAUUUACAAGGGGCGACCAUCCAAAUAUAUGGCCAUUUGGAAGAAACUCAGGAGAAGCCAGAGGAAACCGAAGGAACUGGACUAUCCCGAGGGCACGGUCCCUCACCUGGGCACCAUCCUCACACACCUGGCCUCACUGCAAAAAGACAAGGACUCCAAGAAUGGCACUUGGAUAUCCAUGAAACAAAGACGAGAGGAGUUCAAGGUGAUGUCCCUCAUCAAGGAACUGCAGGGCACGUGUCAGGAGCUCCAUGUGGUUCCUGAGGUGAACUUUGUGUCAUGGUUCACCAAUCUGAAACGCCUCAGUGAAACUGAAUGUGCCAAGCUGUCUAUGGAGCUGGAGCCUCCCGUCAGGGCAGGCUUCCUGGACAGGAACCCCAGGUGGAGCCCUCUCAUGAGGAAGCCCUCAAGACAUCUCCAGGCUCCUACCAGACAGCUCAGCAGAGAUGGCAGCUCCCAGUUGAAGACAAGUGACCGGCUCCGCAGUGGGACUAGCAGCGCUCCACCCACCGUGCAGCUGGGUUACUCACCCCGUCCUUGCUGCCACUGCUAUCGUUUGUACCAGUCUGCCCCAAACAUCUACAGGUCAAAGAUACUUCAAGAAUACGAUGGAAUCUUGCCACUCCUGAGCCCCCAGACCUUCAGGAGAGUUGGCCAGGAGGAGAUAACCUAAGCUGCAUCUCUUCACCCCAGAUGCCUGCAUACACUCAUUGGUGUAGAUUUGAACAGAAGAAAAUACCAACUUCCAGUGCAUCCUGGCAAACACAGUGUGUGAAGCGCAAAGCCUCAAAUGUCAUGGUUUACC